CUCUGCCGACGAUACGGGCCCAGUGUAGCAACGUCGGAAACAAGAGUAUGGCGUCGCACAAUCUGAGCGCUAUUCUCCACGGCAAGAAUGAUCUUCGCCUUGAGCAGAGGCCGAUCCCAGAACCCGGAGAAAACGAGGUACUGCUGCGUAUGGCCUGCGUCGGCAUCUGCGGCUCCGACGUCCACUACCUGACACACGGCAAGAUCGGCGACAAUGCAGUCGAGGUGCCCAUGACGAUCGGCCACGAAGCUUCAGGGGUCGUCGCCAAAGUGGGGCCCGGAGUAAAGCAUCUCAAAGUGGGUGACCGAGUCGCCAUAGAGCCUGGUGUUCCGUGCCGUAAAUGCGACUUCUGUAAACAAGGCAGCUACCACCUGUGUCCGGACAUCUUCUUCUGUGGUACUCCGCCUCAUAACGGAAAUCUCUCUCAGUACUACAAACACGCAGCUGAUUUCUGUUACAAGCUUCCAGAACACGUGUCUCUGGAGGAAGGCGCCCUGCUGGAGCCGCUGUCGGUGGGAGUGCACGCUUGUCGCAGGGCUGGAGUUACACUCGGCUCCACGGUCCUCAUCCUGGGAGCAGGGCCCAUUGGACUUGUCACUCUCAUAGCAGCCAAGGCAAUGGGAGCGGCGAAGGUACUCAUAACAGAUAUAAAUUCUCAUCGCCUGGAAGUAUCUAAGAAGUUUGGUGCUGACUACACAUUGCGGGUAUCUAAGGGUAUAGACGAGAAGCAGGUGGCCAACGAAAUACGAGCUAUUUUGGGAGUGGCUCCUGACAUCAGCAUUGAUUGCUGCGGCAUGGAGUCCACUGUGGUUCUUGGACUGCAGGCGACGCGUCAAAAUGGCGUAGUGGUGGUCGUGGGGUUGGCGGAGACGCACGCCCGCAUACCACUCAGGCCUCUCUUCUACGAGAUAGACUUACGUGGCAUCUUCCGCUACUGCAACGAAUAUCCCAUGGCGUUAGAGCUUGUCGCAUCGGGGAAAACAAAUGUCAAAGGUCUGAUUACACAUAACUUCAGCAUGAAGGACACCUUGAAAGCCUUCUCAACUGCUGUUUCUGGGGAAGGAAAUCCUAUCAAAAUCAUGAUCCAUUGCAACAAAGAUUAGGACAAAAUCUCAGCAUUCAAAGUCUUCAAUCUAAUUUUAUGGAAAACUUAGUAUUACUUAUGGACAUAAAACAUUAUGAGUUACUGACCUUAAGAGUUCGACAUGUACUGCAUCGUCAUUUGUGGUGAUUAUAGUUUUUGAUUCCAUGAAUAUCGUGUCGUGCUGUUGAAGAUAUUUUCUGAUUGCUUACAAUUUGCAGUGUUACUUCCCCAAUACGGGCUAACAUCUAAUGGAACAAACGCCACGGUAUCGAAGAGGCUUUUAAAGAAUAAGCUAGAAUUGAUGUCUCAUUAAAUGAUGUAAUGUUGUACGUUCGCAGAUACCAAGUUCUGUAUCCAGAUUAGAGAGAUGCAUGUAUUGGAUACAGAACACUGGGUCUGUGAAUGUACGAUGAUACGCCAUUGGACAGAAAUAUGUAACGCCUUUGCACGUUGAUAAUCUCAUGCUCUUGUGUGGUUCAUGACAUACUGACAAACGGAAGCUUGCAACGUAAUUUUUGUGGUGUUCCAUGAUAAUAUCAACGGAUUCAGAUUAGCAAAUUCCCAAUGAAAUAAAGUAUUUGUUACAAAUAAAAAGCGUCUUGAUGCAAGAACAACUUCUUUGGUGAUUGAAAUAAACACUUCUGACAAUCAUUUGAAGUAGUAUGUCGAGACA